GUCUUUGCAGAUGUGGUCGUUUAAAACGUUUAAUACUUAAUUCCAACCGUCUUCUUACACUCCCUGAUGCAAUACAUUAUUUAAAAGAAUCCUUAGAUAUUUUGAAGUUGAUAAUAAUCCUCGAUUGAAAAUUCCACCGAAACCACUGGAAUUGCAAAAAGGUGCUGGUUUAGCCUUUUAUAAUAUCGAUUUCUCUUUGGACGCCCAACUGCGUAUGAUGCGUGGAAAACCAGCUUUAACGUCUGAAACAGUUCAGCAUACCAAGGACCCAGCUGCUCGAUUACGUCGUCUUAGAAGACGACGAGGAGAGGGCGUUGGCAAAGACAGUAAAUGUGUACUUGAAGGUAUGCAGCGUAUAGCCAAAGAGAAGGAAGAGCUUCUUGAACGAAAGGAACAUGAAGCUGAAGAAGAAACACGUGAAUUGGCAGCCAGACGUUGGCAAGAUCUUCUGGCCAGACCACGACUGGAUUACACAGGGAUUUUUGAUGAGGCAUGAUACCGGUAUAAGUGUUGGUGUACAAAUUUGGGAGUUGGAUCAGUUCUAUCCUAAACGUGUUGAAGAUGAAGUAUUACAAGGUAAUCUGUUCAAUGGAGAUUGUUAUGUUGUAUUACAAACUUCACUAAAUCAUAAUCAAGUAUUAGAAUGGACUAUAUAUUAUUGGAUUGGGUCUCGUUCAACAAAAGAUAAACAAACGUGUGCAGCUAUUCACGCUGUAAAUUUACGUAAUUUCCUUGGAGCUGAAUGUCGAACUAAUCGUGAAGAAGAAGGUGAUGAGACUGCAGAAUUUUUGGCUUUAUUCGGCGGCAAUCUGAUUGUACUAGAUGGUGCUCGUGGUGAAACCGGAUUUAUCCAUGUUGAAGAUGAUGUUGUAGUUCCUAGAUUCUACAGGUUAUUUGGUACAGAGAAACGAUUAAAAAUUGUUUCAAUGCCAUUAACUCAUCUCAGUUUGGAUUCUAAAUUCAGUUACCUACUUGAUGCUCAGUCUCAUCUUUACUUAUGGAUUGGUAAAAAUUCUCGUUCAAUAAUACAAACUAAAGGACGAUUGUUAGCUGAAAAAAUAUCAGUUCGUGAACGUCGUGGUGAGGCAUCAAUUCAUAUAGAGCCAGAAAGUCGUGAAUCCAAUGCAUUUUGGGCAAUUCUUACUGGUGUCUGGGUACCUGCUCCACUACCGAAACCAAGUACUAGUUCAGAUCAAAAAGAUCAAGCAGUAAAAUUCACAAAUAAUCAAGAAGAAAUUAGAGAAAUCACUUAUUCACCUGCUCCUGUCAUCCAACCACCAGAGACAGGAUUACGUGAUUUUAUUCCUACUGAUUGGCAACUACCUCAACCAAUUUUAUAUGAUGUUCAAAUGGGAAGGGGCUACUUAGAGUUACCUCAAGUGGAACUCGAAAACGGUGUUUUAUCGAAACGUUUAUUAGAUUCAAAACAUGUAUAUAUCUUGGAUAGUGGAGGUCAGUUAUUUUUAUGGAUGGGUGAGAAAUCCUCGAAAUUCCUUCGAUUUGCUGGUUAUAAACUAGCAUUACAACUGAUGGGUUUAAUGCCUAGAAAUCGUUUAGGUGGACUGGAAUUAUUAUUUACUGAAGCAAAUGCAUCUGAAGCUUGUCGAGCAUUAUUGAGUGAUGAUCAAGUUGAGUGGUGGAAUGAUUUUACAGAUUCAUUGUUGCAACCAUGUACUCAAGGAGCUGAAACUCAAAUUUUCAAGUGCCAAUUUUGUGAUUGGGAUGAGGCUUUAGCUGUGGACUUCACUCGAACAGCUGACUCUGUAGCUCGUCGUGGAGUGGAUAUCAAUGAAAUUCUGGAAAAGGAUAAACUUACAACUGAUCUACGUGCAUUGUUAGCACCCAGAGAAAUACCACUUACUAAUGAAGAAGCUUUACAAAUGAUUGUUGAGUGGAAUGAUGAAUUAGUUGAACCACCAGAAGAAUCUGUUGUAAAGUCAAGCAGUGCUCUACAACAAUUUAUUAUGGUUGAUGGCAAAUGGGUACCUGUUGAAAAUCGUUGGUUUGGACAAUUUUUCAAUCGAGAUUCGUAUAUUCUAAUUGCACGUUAUUGGGACUAUGAUGAUGAAAACAAAGAUUAUUCUGAAAAUGAAAAUCAAGAUGAUGGUGAUGAUGAAGAUUCCAGUCUGACAAAAACUGUUGUCUACUUUUGGCAAGGUCGUGAAGCAUCUGAUUUAAAUUGGCUUCAAUUUGAAUUCUCAGUACGUAAAGAUAUGGAGGCUCGUUUAUCACAGAAUCCUGAAGAUGCUAGUCGUCCAUUAAAAGUAGUAUUUAAGCGUGUAAGACAACAACAAGAGGAUACUAUGUUCUUAGCUCAUUUUCAGCGUCAAAUGAUAAUUCAUUCUGGUCAUUAUCGUGAUCGUGCAGAUUCAUCACGGUUAGAACGAAUUCAAAUGUAUUAUCUUAGAGCAAAUGGUAAUCUGAUAUCAACUCGGUGUAUAGAAGUUAAACCGUCAGUUGCCAGCCUAAAUUCUUGUUUCACUUACAUUGUAAAAGUACCUGCAAAUAUUGUCAGUGUAUUAGAAAAGAAAGAAACCGAUAAAUCUCAUGUCUAUAUUUGGAUUGGGAAUAAAUCAUCUCUAGAAGACAAAGAGUUGGCUAAUAGUUUAAGCAAGAAAAUCUUUGAUUGGAUUCCAGCUGAUUUUCAUAUUGUUCCUGAAGGUUCUGAAUGUCCUCUCUUCUGGCAAGUGUUAGGCGGUCAAAAGAAAUAUGAUACACAAGCAGAUUUUCUUACAUAUGGUCGACUUUUCCGUCUAUCAAAUGAGCAAGGAUACUUUUGUGCCUCAGAGAAAUGUGCAGAUUUUUGUCAAGAUGAUCUGGCUUCAGAUGAUGUCAUGCUGUUGGAUACUGGAUCUCAGAUUUAUCUUUGGUGGAGUAAGCGUACAUCAGAUGUAGAACAGAAAUUAUCUCUACAAGCUGCUAAACUUUAUCAAAGUCAUUUACGUCAAAUGCAACCUGAUCGACCACGUCAACUUAAGUUGACAGUGAAAAAUGCAGAGCCACAUUUAUUUAGACAGUGUUUUCAUGGUUGGGACCUUUUCGUGAACCGAAAGACUGGUCAGGUUAACAGCUGCUUUUUAUUUCUACUCCUAUAAAUACUAUGCUGAGGAAGCAGAAGAGAGAAAAAAAACACAUUUUAUUAUCUUUCUUUUUGUAUACCUUUUACUUGUUCUGGUGUCUCCUUCCUCAACCUUUUAAUGUCAAUUAACAAACAGCAUCUCCAAUGGUUUUCUCCGCCUUGAAUUUUGUUCAGCUAACUUGUCUUUUGUUUUUAUCUGUCAUUAUUGCUUAAUUGUUUAUUCAGUUUACUUAUGUAUCACUAAUCGUGUGUUUAAAACAUGCAGGUUCUACAACUUUACAUUAUUUUUCUCUGCUGUACGUUUUUCUUCCUUUGUUGGAGAAAUCAUUAUUUGGAUUUGAGUUUC